AUGACAAAAGCAAAAACGUCUGAUAACAAUAUUUAUCAACGGAUAUGUUACUUUAAUGAACCAUUUGCGUAUAUUUGCAUCAAUCAUCAAGUGAAUGAUUAUUGCUCAUAUUGUCUAAGAAGACCCGAUAGCUGCAAACUUUACAAAUGUUCAAAAUGUAAAUUUGCAAAAUAUUGCAAUAAGGAAUGUCAAUGUUUGGCAUGGAAGAAAUAUCAUCGUGCCGAAUGUCAACGUUUAGAAAUGGUCUUUCCAAAUUUACCACUUACCGAAGUGUUAUUUCUCAGUCGAAUAAUCGAUAAGGUAUUAUUCAUCGAACAAAAUGGUGAUAAAUAUAAAUGGGAGAAAGAUAGGAAAUGGAUUAAUUUAAUGGAUCAUCAAGAUGAUAUUCGAAAUGAUAAGCCUAAAUAUGAUCAUUUUGAAAAAAUUUACAACAAAAUGGCAAUAUUUCGAAAGGAUGAAAUGAUUGAAAAAGUGAAAUUUUUUGAAAUUUUUUGCAAAACAACAAUUAAUUCACAUUCAAUACAUACAAAUGCUGGUGAUGAAAUUGGUUUAGCACUUGAUUUAGGCGUAUCCGUUUAUGAUCAUUCAUGUCGUCCAAAUUGUUCGCUUGUUUUUGAUGGAUUUCAUGCCUAUUUAAGGCCAUUAACUUCAGAAACAAAUGCUUCUGAUAUACAUACAGCGUAUAUCAGUUAUAUUGAUAUUGGCCGAUCACGUUAUCAGCGUCAAAAAGAGCUUAAGUCAAAAUGGUAUUUUGAUUGUCAAUGUGAACGAUGUAUGGAUCCUUCGGAUGCUAUUUUAACAUCAAUACUUUGUAUAAAUAAGCUAUGUGAUGAAGCAUUGAUAAUUACGGAAGAUUCAAAACCAACAAAUAUUACAUGCACAAAAUGUGGACAAAUUACAACCGAAGAUCAUGUAAAAAAAUGUCAGGAAUUAAUGCUCAAUCUUCCGGUUCGAUUUAAUAUCGGAAGUAAAGCCGAAGAGAUUCAGGAAAAACUUAAUGAAGCAAUAAAAUAUUUGCAUUCAAAGAAUAUUUAUGUGACACGGUUAAAAGCAGCACUUCUUCAUGUUACCGGAACACUUGAAGAUAAUUUAUUAUUCGUUCAAAAAAGUGUCUAUGAAAAUUACAGAUUGUGCUUUCCACGAUCUGAUAGACAUCUUGCAUAUCAAUUAUUGAAAAUUGCCAAAUCAUAUAUCGAAAAGGGUGAAAGAAAAGAGGCUGUAUCAUAUGCAUAUGAAGCGAUGUGUAUAUUUGAAGUAUGCUUUGGUCUCAAUCAUCCUUAUUAUCUUCAAACUCUUGCUCUUUGGACAUUUCUGGAUCAGGAAAUUUCAAAAACGGAUGAUGAACUGAUUGCAUUAAUGAAUUUCCAGUCUAAUAAACCAGUUGAUUUAUCUGAAAUUUUGUUAAACAAACAUUAA